AUGACUAUUGAUUAUAAGUACUAUGCUGACAGGAUCGAUGAAUGGAUAAAUGAUAGGACAUUUUACGAUCUGCGAACUACAGAUCAAAUAUGUUGCAUUUUAGAUAACACAAGUCUUGGAAUUAAUUAUUUUUUCGAAAUUGUUAAGAAUGUUCAUGAAUUCUUCACAAGUGAUGAUAUGUUUAAGAUACUACAGCAUGUGCAUAUUGAUUUCGGUUCUGAAUUUUCAAAUAUUACAAAAGUAUUGGAAUUUUUAUCGAAAGUUUUAAACUUCCAAUUCCUUUCGGAUAUCAAAGCAUUCAUACAAAUCAAUCAUGAUUCGUUUACACCACCUCAGAAAAAUAUACAAAAUAAAAUUACAAAUAAUAAUACAAUAAUGCUUCGAAGUUUACGAAAAGCAGAACAAAACCAUUUGAAAAUCUAUGAGAUACUUGAAAAUGCAGCUGCUCAAGGGGAUGAACAAACAAUUAAAGUUUCUGUUGAUGAAAAUUAUUCUGAAGUUCGUCAACCAGAGUUUGGUUAUAAUAUGAUACUACAAGCUGCGCAAAAAGGUAACUUUAACUUAGUUAAACUUCUUUGCAAACAUGGGGCAGAUGCAUUAGUUAGAGGUAAUUUUUCCUCAACAAUUCUUCAUAAUUUUUGUAGCUGCGGAUGUUUAGAAGGUGUAAAGUACGCUAUAGUAUUUAUAGAUGUGAAUGAUUUAGAUAACUAUGAUAAUACUCCUUUGCAUAUUGCUGCUAUAUGGAAUAAGCCUGAAAUUUGCGAAUUUUUAUGUAAACAACCAACAAUUAAAAAGAAUGCGAAGAACCAAGGGAACAAAACACCACUAGGAGAAGCUAUAAAGCGUUAUAACAAUCAAGCUAUAGAUGUUCUUCGAAAAUAUGGUUGCACAGAAUUCUAA